AUGAAGCGGCUGAUUAUUAUAUCCACUAUAGUUACACUUACGGUAGCUGCCCAGCUCAGUUGGGAAGAAGAAAGGAGAGUGGUAGACUUCAUCCGUGUCACUUUAGGCCUAGAAAAGCUGCGCAGUGAUAGCUGUAUCAAAGAAGCUGAAUUUCUUUUGAAACGACCAAACGAAGUGCCAGAAGAUCGCCCUCUUCCUCCCGGAUUCGUGUUUCCUGCUGAGUAUAGCAGCAAUCUAGCAGAGUACUUUGGCUUGUCCGAACAAAGAGCAGACCUUAUAAAGCACUCACCGCAGAACAUCACCCGCAGACAUUACAGUGCACUAAAAAGAUAUGGAAGUCUUCAAAUUGUUCAUCCUCCUCCACCGGAUGAACAGGAUUGGGUGCUCACUUCCGGGAAUGAGUCACUCGUCGACAACGUGUUGUCCAUCUCCCUAAAAUUUAGUGGGCGGCUGAUAUCUAUGGGAUAUUUUAUUCGUGGACGAUCUACCCAUUAUUAUGCUAUUAUGCAUAAGUACACUGGUCCUGUUUUCAUAAAGCCGGGUCCUUUGACUUAUGAUGCGCUAAUGACAGCUAUCAAAGAAAAUAAGCGACGGGAUCUGGUUCUGACUCAAGUUUGUGGGCAAGAAGAAAGACCGGGUAUGAUUACAUUUUCGACCUAUUGGGAGAGAGUUCCUGAAGUUGAUUACGAGAUUUGGUUCCCCGGGUCCCAUAACGCAGACUCUCAACGCCUAAAACUGGAAAGCAGUGGCUACCGUAUCAUUCACUUAUGUGGCUAUUCAGAAAAUGGUCGAGGACGGUAUGUUGUAGUAUGGCAAAAGCAACCUCCCACCAAGGUACAGUACGAAGCACAUUAUGGGCUCACUUUGGAAUUGUGCUUACAAAAAGACAAAUUGCUGAUUUCGAGGGGAUUUGUGGCCACCUCAUUUAGAGUGUUUAACAGUGCUAAUCAGGUCCUCUGCACGGCAAUCUGGGAGCAGCGACCUAAGCACAAAAGCUUUGUUAUUGUGGGUGACAACUUCGACGCCAUGUAUCAGAAUUUCCAAACGAACCAAAAAAUAGUGCCUCGACAAGUUUCACAUUUCAUAGAUGGAAGUGGCGCAGUGAAAUACGUUGUGUUAUGGAGUGAUAUGCAUUCGGGUCGUUACCCUGACGUGGCUCCUAUCUGGGAGAAAAGGGCCAUUCCGGUACGAUUUCUGCAAGGGACCCCAGAGCUACUCGAAGAGUCGCAAAUGGAUUUUCUAAUAGAACGAGUUGAACAUUUCAUGCGUGAGCUUGAUAUUCCUGGAUUGUCAAUUGCCAUUGCCAAACGGGAGCAGUUGAAAUUUGCAGCUGGCUUUGGUUUUGCUGAUGUUCGCAAAGAAGAGAUUGUAACCCCUAACCACCAAUUUCGGGUAGGAUCCAUAUCCAAGCCUAUAACAGCAGCAGCUAUAAUGCUUUUGGUCGACCAAGGUAAAAUCUCUCUAGAUGACAAAGUUUUUGGUCCGAACUCGAUAUUUGGUAAGUUCUGCAAACCGCGGACACCUCCUAUGCGAAAGUCUCAAAAUACAUUCAUGCUUGGAGGUCACAAAUUCUCAAAACGAAAAUCUUACAAGAAAUACGUAACCGAUGUUACCGUAAGACAUCUGCUUGAGCACUCCUCAGGAGGCUGGGACAACCUUCAGUCUGAUCCAGCUUGGAUACAGCAACAAUUGAAUACCGAAAAGCUGAUUGAAUAUGUGUUGGAGAACGUCCCUCUAGAAUAUCCGCCGGGGACUCGAUGGAUAUACUCUAACUUUGGAUAUCAAGUUCUAGGUUAUCUCACAGAGUAUCUGUCACAGAAGAGCUAUGAAGAUUUUGUCAAAACAUCCGUUUUUGUUCCGGCAGGUGUUCAUGACAUACAAGUGGCAAGACCAACGAUAGGACAGAAAGCAAAGAGAGAAGUCCUCUACUAUAUGAGCGGCAACAGGCUUGGUUUCGAUCCGUACGAGAUGUUAUCUGCCGAUCGCAUCGGACCAUGGGGUGGUUGGAUAGCAAGCCCAAUUCAGAUGCUUCUAUUUAUGGCAAGUGUCGAUGGUUUUUCGCAAAGAAAAGAUUCUUUAUCCCCAAAAUCAGUGCAUGAAUGGUCAACGCCUACACAAUGCUCGAACAGUACAUACGGACUGGGUUGGUCACUGAAUAUCAUGGGAUUUAAUGGAUGGCAGCAUGAUGGAAGAAUGCCAGGAAGUGCAGCAAUGUUGGUCAGGCUGGAUAAUGGACUUGAGAUGGCGAUAACUGUCAAUAAGGAAUAUUCGGAGCGAGACUUCUUUCACGAGCUUGGCUAUGUGCUUCAUCACAUUGGAAACAAUUACGAUUGGUGGGACGACGAUGUAGAUCUUUUUGACAGCCUUUGCGCUGAUCCUUGCUAG